AUGAAAAAAUUUUUUCUAAUAUUCCGGUUAGCUUGUUUGAUCCGUUCAUUCGAAUUUGAGAUCAAUAAGGAUCGCAAGUAUCUGUUUGAUGAUGUUCUUGAGCCGGAGGUUCUUAUAGGCUCGCCUGAUCAGAUUUCGAAGGAUCAAGUACUUCAAGCGUUUCGGGAAUGGGAGAGGCUUAGUGUGGCGAUUGUGAAGAACUCGACGGCCGGAUUGGCGGAGGACUAUCGGAAAGCGAUGCCGUGCUUCCCAGGACCCGAUCUUGGUGAUCCGAACUCGUUGCUUCCCGUGGUGCCGUCGUGCGAGAAAUUGACAGCGUUGAAUCCGAUUGGUUCGUUGGGAAGCGCAUCGGAGGCGAUUCUCAAGGCGCACACGCAAAAAUUGGCGACGAUUGCCGAUUUUUUGCCGACAAGCGAAACGAGCGCCGAGAUUCGGGCGCUUCGCAACGACACACGCGACGAGUUCAAGAGCAUCGCGAGCACCGUCGACAUUCUCGAAUGCCUCAAUAUUGAUCGGACGUCGAUUGCGUCGAAUUCGACGCUCGCCGACGUGCUGUGCGAUGCGGCGAACAUUUGCGACGGCGACGAGACGCACAAGUGUCUGACGGCGACGACAUCCGACGCGCUUCGACGCUUCCUCUUCAAUGGUGCGAGUCGAAGCACAAAGAGCGGCAAGUUGGAAAAGAGCACAACUCGCGUGUCGAGGAUCACCGGAAAAUUGAGUCGAUCCACCAAUGGCUAUCGGGAUCCGAACAGAAGAAGUACGAUGACGAAUGGUUCAGUGAGAAGCCAGAUGAACAGUACACCGUCCGGACGAAGUACUGUGCGGAAUGAAUUCAGUAGGCCAAGUGGGACGACUACACAAGGCAAUGAGCCGGUUGACAUCGAGCGGAGCAGUGUUUCGGGAAGUGAGGUGAAGAGGAGUACUGUGGAGUACCGUACACCGAUGGGUGUUGAUCUACCAGAUGUCAACAAGAGCAUCGGGAACUCGAAUCGGUCGAAUGAGAUAGCCACAAGGAAAAUGAGCACACCGACGACAUUGAAGGUUGGUUUAAAGGCGCAUGAUCGGGUCUCGCAACGAUUCAAACAGGUUCCAGAGGAUGGCUGCUUUAAUUUAAGCGCGUUGAAAAGUGGCUUGAAUUUGACACAAUUGAAAAUUGGCGAUAUUUGCGAUAUUCGUGGAUCGACACUGGAUUUGAAGAAGAUCCAACACUUGAGCAUUUCGGAUAUUGGGGGAAUUUCGAAUCUGAAGGCGAUCAUCGAUGAUCCGUCGAGUUUGCAAAAAUUGAUAAUGAAGAAAUUGCCGGAAUUGAACGCGAAAUUUGGCGACAUUCUGACGACGAAUUUCAGCGAUCCCAAGGUAGUCCGAAUGAUCUUUCGUCUUGUUCGAAACUCGAUUUUUGAGAUUGUGCAAAAGUUGUUGAAGUCGGAAGAUUGCUUCAACAUUUCAACAAUUCCCAAUUUUGACAUGAGCUUGAUGGUCCGCGACGCUGCUUGCCAAUACGCGAAUUUGUGCGACGCCCAACGAAUCGAAGAUUGCCUCGGAAUCAACGAUUCCGAGUUGGCUCAAAUCGAGAAUCUCACAAUUGCCGACGUUGUCGAGAUUCUACCGGAUGAUGUUCGCCAAAUUAUCGCCAAUCCCAAAAUUUUGAAGGAAAUAAAGAAGAAUUUCACAAUGAAGAUUCUUCCCGCGGUGAAUUCGACAAAACUCGAGAGCAUUCUCGAAUGCUUCAACGUCUCAUCACGAAAUUUCGAAAAAAUCGAUUUGAAUUUGAGUUCGCUCAACGCCGCGUGCAAAUAUGGAAAUGUGUGCAACAUCGCGAAACUCGAACAAUGCCUAGGUGGCUCAGUUGAGGAGCUCGGCGAGCUCAAGAAUCUCUCAAUUCUGGAAUUGGCCAAAAAGCUUCCGAACAAUCAACAUCGAAUCAUAAAUGACGCAAAUGAUUUGAAAAAUUUAUUAUUAUCGAAACUUGAAAAUUUCACAAAGCAACCGCAAAAUUUCACCGAAAUCGUCGAGAACCGGAUUGUCAACAAUUCGGUUGGCGAGAAUCUCGAAUCCGACGACAAGCUCAUCGAUAAAAUUGUCGAACUAUCGAAAAAUGAUUCGCAAGUGGGAGACGUGAAAUCGAUUGCCCAAAAUCUCGGAAUAAGCGGAAAAAAUAUUUCCAAGGAUCUCAUCGAUAAGGGAGUGGGUCUCGCAAAGAAUUUCGGUGCGAACCUCAAAGACAUUUUCGGUUGA